AUAGGCGGUUGCCUCUGUAUUUCUACCUUGCCCACCUUCGUCGUGACCAAUGCCGUUGCGAUGGCCGCUGUCACUAUCUCUGGGAAAGCGUACGUUCUGACUGAGCUCGAGAAUAUAGUCAACACUGCUGCUUCUGCGUCCGGUUGUGCGUACCCCGACCAUGCAAUCCCGGUUUGUGGCUCUGGAACCUGCGGCUUCAGCUGCGGUGACGGCUUCAGUGUUUCCGAGGGCGCCUGUGUUUGUUCGGCACCUAAUCUGGUCUGCAACGGUGAGUACGAGGGAAGUGGAUCAUGUAGCGUGAUGGGUAGUGGGUGGAUGGCUUGUGGUGUUUCGGGUGGAUCUGGUCGGGCCUUCGAGUGCGUUAACACCGCGAAUGACCUGGAGAGCUGUGGUGGUUGCGCCCUGCCCCUCUCCCCGUAUCAGAAAAUCGGUCAGGACUGCACCGCCAUACCUGGAGUCGCUGAUGUCCAGUGUCUUUCCAGCUCCUGUGUUAUCCACCGCUGUACACCCGGUUUUGCGCCCGCCGAUGAUGCGCCCGCCUGCAUUCGCACACACUCCUCGUCUGGCCAACACGUAUAUCCGGUCGCUGACAGCGAGAUGGUCGAUAUACCUGCGAAGCUUUAUGGUCUCGAGCACGGACACUAUGUUGCUUAA